AUGGUUCUUGAACGUUGGCCUUGCAACGAACCCAUCCCUGGGGCAAAGGGAUGGUCGAUUACCGACAUCAGUUCGAAUGGAAUCAAUUUGAUUUUCACAUACAUGAUUAGCAAGGACGAGACGAAGAACCUGGCCCCUCAAAUUGUCUUAUGGUCAGAUGAUUACACGGACUUGGUGGUGGGGAGUGAGGAGUGGUUGGACAUACCGAUCGUUACGGGCGAAUCUGAAUCAGGGGAGCUCGUGGUCCUCGCCCGUGUCAAAAACUGCGCGCCUGAGGUGGAGAACGCUGCUCGUCAAAACGAUGGAGGCGCUGACUGCCCUCCACUACUCCGUGCCAGAGUGCGUAGCCAGAUUAUGGAAGAUAAUACCUUGAAGGUCAUCAAAAAAAAGAAGACAACAACGACCUCCACACAAGUUGGCCGGCAGAAGCGCAAAUUGCGGGAGGAGCCGAAGCCUUCAGGAGCAGGUGUCGAGGCGGAAAAACUUACGUCUUCGGAUGGGGAAACUCAGGACGACCCUCGCGCUCCUGUAAUCUCCCCCAUUCGUUCCCCUCCAGCCAAACGUGUCCGUCGCCAGGAGUUGGUAGGCCAAGGGAUUGUUUUGGGUUCACAGCCAGUGCGUGAGAUCCAAGGUGGACCCAGAGAUGGCGGUUGGGAGAGUCAAGAUGGGCCGCUUCCCCAGAGCAUGUCCCAGGGCCCAGACAAUGAGCGCGGGCUGGACCAAGUGCAUGGUUCACGUGGGAUGUCCCAGCAGCGGAAUACUCAUAACGAGGCUGGUUCAGACCGUGCUGGUGGCUCUCGUCUGAGGGCAUGGAAUGAUGCCGAAGGCUGUGAUCACAAUAACUUCGACACUGAUGUGAAUAUGUAUGACGAAGACGACGCUUUCAUGGACGAGUAUCAGACUACGAGGUUCGAACCCUCUUUUUCCAUGCAGGAUCACUAUCACCGACCACCGCCCCAGUUCUCAAAUAACCAACAUUAUGGCCACCAUCCACAACAGUAUGCAACAUCUGACUUUGGUGGAAGAGGCCGUGGUCUCCGCUCCCAAUUUCGAGGACAUGCUCGUCCGUAUGACUCUAAUGGCUACUAUGGCCGAGGAAACGAAGGGUUCACUGGGCAUGGCCCUCGCAGGGUUGGACGCGGGCAUUCGGAGAAUGGCGAUGAAGAGCGAUUCACAGAUGGUGGCGUGUUACGUCGACGACACCCUAGUGAGGGCCGUGGAUUCUGA